AUGGAGAGGCGAGGGGAAAGACCCGAUUAUCGCCAUCGCACGACCCCAUCGGGAUUCAAUAACGAGGAACCACAAAACGUGUUAAGACUGGAUGAAUUGCGAAAUCGAAUCGCCGUGUUUUUCCUAUCAUUUUGUUGCUCUCCCAUCAAUCAACGUGUUCAAGAUGAACAAGAACAGCUGGAAAAUGUGGAUUUCAUCCCGGUCAAUGACAAUGAAGAAAGUGAUUCGGAAAAUGAAUUGGAAGAAGAAGAUGAGGAUGAGGAAAUCGAGGAUUUCGAGGAAGAACCAAUUCAAGAAAUCGCAGAAGAUGACGUAUUCGCCAUUGUAAAAGCCGCCUGGAUUGAGGAUGGAGUUGAUGGAGAGCAGGAACACGAUGAGCGAAAUCCAAUCGAUCCAGCCAAUCUCUACUCUCGGAUUGAGCAUUUGCAAGAGGAGCUGAUCGAAGAACGAGCGAUCAGAGAAAUCAAGAAGAGACAAUUGGAUGAGCUGAAGGAAAGAGUGCUGCAAGAGAUCAAGAAAAGGAGAUUGUUU